CAUGGUAAAUGCUGUCGUUGGGGGUGAAGCAGGACCCUGGCUUUUCUUUUUUGCGCGCUUGGGGAAUCGGGGUCUCGAGGUCUUAGGUGCUGUGAGAAGUGUUGGAUUGAAGAAGGAGAGAGUUUCUCUCUUCCAUUAGGUGCUUUUCGUCAAAUGAGGUCGAGAUCUGGGAAGCAUAAGAAGACGAAUUGGGCUGAACUCCUUUGUUUCCGUUACACCUGCCUGCAGCUAUGGCCAAAGAUCGUGCUCCGGAAAUGGCUCAACAUCAGCUCCAAAGACUCAGACUUUAGCGCCGACGACGGGGAAAGUACCGAGAGCGACUUCGAAUUUGAGGAGAUGUGUCAAUGGGAGCGCCAAUUACGUGACGAGGAGAGGAGAUUAGGUGGGCUUGGGGCUGAAUCAAAUGGAAGUCAAAUUGAUGGAAUUCCAUACUGGAGGCAAAGAAGAAAAUCCGAGACUCUUCGUGCACAAUAUAUAAAUACCAAGGAACUCAGGUUGUGUGUGGGGACCUGGAAUGUUGGUGGUAAACCUCCCUGUGAUGACCUUGAGAUCAAGGACUGGCUGGAUAUGGAGGAUCCAGCUGAUAUAUAUGUGCUAGGUUUGCAGGAGAUUGUUCCAUUGAAUGCUGGCAACAUUUUUGGUGCUGAGGACAACAGGCCUGUUCCAAGAUGGGAAUGUCUUAUUCGCCGGACAUUAAAUAAGAUUCAACCAGCUAAACAGAAGUAUAAAUGUUACAGUGAUCCCCCUUCACCAUCAAAAUUCCAACCAACAGAUGACACUCUUGGCUUUGAAGAUGCAUUGCUACUAGUGAGUGAUAGUGAGACUGAUGAGGAUAUCCAUCCACUGGAAGAGGAUUCACUUGAUUUUGAAGCAAGUUCUUACAGUUGCACAGCUAGUGAAGCUAAGUUAAGUGGAAAUGCAAGUUCUAGCUUUGCAAAUGUUGAUUCAGUUAGAUCACAAGAUUCAGGCCAUCAUCCCCUGUUCUCAGAAAGGAUGUUUAAAGAAUCACAUUGUUCCAGUUUUAAGAGCCGUCGAGUAGCAUCUCAAGCUUCAAUCAUCGAACAAAAAAGGCUCACCAAAACCCUUAGCAGCUCUCAGAGAAUUGGUUUAGUAUGGCCAGAGAAGCCACUUGAUAAAUUAGCUCAGCUUUCCUUAGAUACUUCAAAUACAUUUAGGUCAUAUAAAAUUUCCAACUAUCACAAGUCAGUGAACCAGGAUUGCAAGGAUUUUACUGUAACAUGCUUGCUAACUGACUUAAAUAUGGAUGAUAUUGUGAAGAAAAAGAGAAGGUCACCUUUUGUGAGAAUCAUAAGCAAGCAAAUGGUUGGGAUUUAUUUUUCAAUAUGGGUCCGUCAAAGUCUCCGUAAGCAUAUUCAGAACUUGAAAGUUUCCAGUGUUGGUGUAGGUGUCAUGGGCUACAUUGGCAAUAAGGGAUCUAUAUCAGUCAGCAUGUCCAUAUAUGAAACACUUUUUUGCUUUGUGUGUUGUCACCUAACUUCUGGAGAAAAGGAAGGUGAUAAACUUCGAAGAAAUACUGAUGUUCAAGAAAUUCACCGAAGGACACAAUUUCGAUCAACCUCUAGUAUUGGUUUACCAAAAACUAUUUCUGAGCAUGAAAAGAUUUUCUGGCUUGGUGAUCUAAACUACCGCAUAGAUUUUCCAUAUGAAAAGACGCAUGAGCUUAUCUCAAGAAAAGAAUGGUCUAAGCUAGCUGAGGGUGAUCAGUUAAAGAAGGAACUAAAGAAGGGUCGGGCUUUUGAUGGAUGGUCAGAAGGUAUAAUCAAUUUUCCGCCUACUUACAAAUACGACCUUAACUCCGGGAAAUACAUUGGAGUGGAUCCAAAGGUUGGGAGAAGAACUCCAGCAUGGUGUGACCGUAUCCUAUCAUUUGGCAAAGGUAUAAGGCUACUGGGCUACAAAAGAAGUGAGCUGAAGCUUUCUGAUCAUCGCCCAGUUACUGCAACUUUCCUGGUUGACAUUGAGAUGCUUUCUCGUAGAAAGCUGCAGAGGGCCCUUACUUUCACGAACGCUGAAAUAGAGGAAGGAGAUAAUUUGACCGAUGAAGAUGUAGAUGACGAAAUGAGUCUGUUGCGACUAGGCGAGGAAAUCAAAGAGCAGGACUGUUAUAGGUAGUAUGAAAUGCCUUUGGUAUUGAAGAUUGGAAUCUCCAGCAAUGAAACUUUUCUAUCUUUCUGAGGCCUGCUCCCCUAUGAAGAUAAGCUUUGCACAUGCAGUAUAGUUCUGUUACUCUGUUCUGCUGGUGUUAUGCAGUUUUUCCAUUUUUGUUUUGUUUUUUUUUUUAUAAUUUAUUUUUGUCUUUGUACAGAUAUUUCUGAUAGAAGUUAAAAAAAAAAGUCUUAUCACAUGGUUAU